AUGGGGAGGACAAGCAAAUGGCUUAAAAACUUCUUGACAGGGAAGAAAGACAAGGAAAAAUCUGCAACUAACCUGAAUUCUUCAAAUGGAACAGAAAAUCCAACUACUCCAAUUUCAACAACCCCAAAGGAGAAAAAGAGAUGGAGUUUUAGAAGAUCAUCAGCCACAGCCACACCACCAACAGCUUCAAAGGAAUUGAAUUCUGUAGAAUCAAAUGCCACUGCUUCACAGACAGUGCAAGCUGCCACGGAUGCUCAGAAUGAGCAAAGAAAGCAUGCCAUGGCUGUGGCUGCUGCUACAGCAGCAGCAGCUGAUGCAGCAGUGGCAGCUGCACAAGCUGUAGCUGCUGUGAUCCGCUUGACUUCUGGUUCCAAUGGAACAUCUAGAAGUAUUGAAGAAGAUGCAGCCAUUAAAAUCCAAUCCGUCUUUCGGUCCCACUUGGCAAGAAAAGCAUUGUGUGCUCUGAGAGGACUAGUGAAAUUGCAGGCACUGGUAAGGGGUCACUUGGUGAGGAAACAGGCCAAGGCAACACUGAGAUGCAUGCAGGCUUUGGUGACAGCACAAGCCAGAGCUCGUGCUCAGAGGAUCCGAAUGGUGACAGAAGGAAAGGCUAAUCAAAAUCAAUCAACGCAGAGAAACACUACUGAGGACAAUUUAAUCAGGCAUAUGUAUAAUGAAAUGGAUAGAGGUUUGGAGGACAACAUCAAGAUUGUGGAGAUGGAUGUUUGUGAAUCAAAAGGUGACUCUAGAAGCAGAAGCAGCAGUACAUAUAGUCAUGGACAUAAUGAACAGUCUAACCAUAGAUUUUCAACACACUAUUCAACAAAUGGUUCAUAUUCAAAGGAAGAAAACUACAAGGUAUCACCAACACAAUCAGCUUUGACAGAGUUGACUCCAAGAGCCAGCAGUGGCCAUUUUGAGGACUGCUUCAGUACAGCACAGAGCAGCCCCCAUUACUAUUCUGCAGUAUCUAGAGCAGAUGAUUCAAAGCAUCCCUUUGCUUUCCCUACGCCAUCCUAUGCAGAAUCUAUGUCCUAUGACUAUCCUUUGUUCCCAAAUUACAUGGCUAACACAGAAUCAUCAAGGGCUAAAGUCAGAUCACAUAGUGCACCAAAACAAAGGCCAGAUUCAUAUGAGAGGCAACCCAGCAGAAGAAGAGUUUCAGUGGAAGGAAGAAAUGUCCCAAGGCCAGUGAGGAUGCAAAGGUCAUCUUCACAUGUGGGUGCCACUGCACAGAAUUACCAAUAUCCUUGGUCAAUCAAGCUUGACAGAUCCGCAGUUUCACUCAAAGACAGCGAGUGUGGCUCUACAAGUACAGUGCUCACAAACACUAAUUACUGCAGAUCGCUUGUUGCUUAUGACCCACAUGGAGAUAGGUACUGA